GUAGCCUUCUCCUUAGGAUUUUGAUAAGAGGGGUGAUAGCAAAUGGCAAAAAACAUGCUGCGGCCUAAACCAACCCUAACAUCACUGCAUAUUCCGUUGGAUCUGGUUGCAGAAAUCCUCUGUAGACUUUCCGUGAAACAACUGACUCAACUCCGAUGCGUGAGCAAGUCAUGGAAUUCCCUUAUCUCUGAAGAUUCUAAAUUUGCCAAGAAGCAAUUCCGGUUGUCAAGCUCAUGCCAAGGCCGCCACCAUCUCAUCCUAAAAUCUCGCGAGUUCCCUCAUUUACAUUUCCCAAUCUCGACUAUCUUCAGCUCCAAAGAAGCCACUAUGUCCGGCUACUAUCUUAAAGGAGAAUCUAUAGGGGGUAAUGUCUCCACUUGUGACGGCAUUCUAUGUUAUAUGAUAGCAAAUGGAUGGAUCAAUGUCAGUUAAAAUAGCAAUCAUUGAUUAUAAUCUAGCAAGCAAGGAUGUAGGUGAUAUUGAUCAUGGUUAUUCAUUAUAUGAAGAAAUUAUGUAUUAAUUUCAGUUUGUUAUAUAGGGCCAAAAGGAAACAGGGUGACUGUUGAGCUUUUGAUUGAUAAAACAUAGUUUGGUUGGCUCUUUUGAUUGAUAAAACAUAGUUUGGUUGGCUCUUUAUUUUAUUUCUUACAAAUGCAAAUACUAAUAGAAGGGAGUCAUUAGAGCUUUCUGAUGCUAUAC